GAGAGAGAAAGAGAGAGAGCUGUCUAUCGGAUUGUGUAAUACUUUUCAAACAUUGUAUAGCAAUGGCAUCGGAGGCACAAACACGUGUUCAGAAGGCUUUCCAUCAAUUGAUGAACGACUUGGACAAGACAUGUAUGAGACAAAUACAGGGUCAAAUGCACAGAUGUGCCGCUCAAUGCUGCGAUCGCACCGACCUAUCAAUGGAUGCCAACCACGAGUGCAUCUCCAAGUGCUCACAACCACUGCAAACGGCACAGACAUAUGUGGAGCAGGAAGUGACCAGUUUUCAGGAUCGAAUGGAAAGAUGUGUUCUUAGCUGUCAGGAUCAGGUCAAAGACAAGAUCGGUGUCAACACAUCCGAUGACCAAAUCAAAGGCUAUACCAAUCAAUUUGAGUCUUGUGUUAUCAAAUGUGUGGACACACACAUUGAUCUCUUACCAAAUAUGAUGAAGAAAAUGCAAGAAUACAUCAAAAAGAAUGUCAAGAAUUAGUCUUUCUUUGAUAUACUGUAUUAAUAGACUAUUUGUAGAGUUAAUUAAAAACAUUAUUAUUAAUCAAUUUAAUAAUACAAUUAAAAAUGAGAUCAAAUAUUUUAAUUUAUAAAACAUUACUU